AUGAGGCCAAAGACUUUUCCUGCUACAACAUAUUCUGGGAACAGCAGACAAAGGUUACAAGAGAUUCGAGAAGGUUUAAAGCAACCAUCCAAAUCUUCAGGUCAGGGCCUACCUCUUGGACCAGGCAGUGAACCUUCUCUGGACCCUAAGAUUUUAAUAGGGAAGGAUGCUGCAAGACAGCAGCAGAUAAGACAGACACCCAAGUUUGGACCGUAUCAGAAAGCUCUGCGAGAAAUUAGAUAUUCUUUGCUGCCUUUUGCUAAUGAGUCCAGCACUACAGCAGCUGUUGAAGUAAACAGGCAGAUGCUCCAGGAACUGGUGAAUGCAGGUUGCGAUCAGGAGAUGGCUGUGCGAGCACUGAAGCAGACGGGUAGCAGAAGUAUUGAAGCGGCUCUGGAGUAUAUCAGCAAGAUGAGCUACUUGGAUCCUAGAAAUGAACAGAUAGUGCGUGUAAUUAAGCAGACCUCACCAGGAAAGGGUAUUGUGCCAACUAAUGUAACCCGCAGACCAAGCUUUGAAGGAUCAAAUGAGUCUUUUCCGUCCUACCAUCAGAUCAGUAAUGCAGCCUAUGAAGGGACAGGCUUUGGAGCAGAAGGUGCAAAUAUGCUUACUGAAGUUCCAAGGCCAUACAUGGACUAUUUAAUCUCUAAUUCACAGUCUACAGCAAUGAAUGCUCCUGUACAGCGACCCUCUGGAGUAGGCACUCACAGCACACCAACAAGCCAUCAGCAGAAAACAUACCCUGCAAAUAUUGAGUCUUCUGUGAUGAAUUAUCCAGUGGCUAAUCACAGCAGUCAAGCAUUGCAGCUGCAGACAUCCCAUGGCUCCAACAGCCAACAUUACAGUAGGCAGCACAUGAUGGUGCAGGGGGAACCUAUGGGAUAUGGUGUUCAGCGGAGUCCAUCCUUCCAAAACAAGAUGCAGCAGGAAGGAGGAUACACCAAUCUCCCAAAUAAAGGGGCAGUUGUUCAGAAUAAUUCUGGUCAUGCAUUUCAGCAGGCACCAGCAAGCCUAUAUAUGUCACAUUCUCAUCACAAACAGACAAGUCCUUCUUCUCAUCAAAUGCAUGUGAUAUCCAGAGGUCCAGCCUUUCCCAAUGAUUUUUCAGACAGUCCACCACAAAAUCUAUUAACUCCAUCUAGAAAUAGCCUAAACAUGGACCUCUAUGACAUGAAUAAUCCUCAAGUUCAGCAGUGGCAGGCAGCAACACCAUCACGCCGAGAUUCUUUGCAAAAUCCAGGAAUAGAAGCAUCUCCACGGCAACAUGUAUCCUUCAGACCUGAUGCCACAGUGCCAAGCAGAACAAACUCUUUCAACAACCACCAGCAACAGCCACAAGUGACAGUGUCUAUAAGGCAGGUUCCUCCAGGAAAACCUGAUCCUUCAAUUACAUCUCCAAAUACGAUCACAACAGUCACAUCUGCUCAUAUUCUUCAGCCAGUCAAGAGCAUGCGAGUGAUGAGACCUGAGCCUCAGACUGCAGUGGGACCUUCCCAUCCUGCUUGGUUACCUGCACAGGCAGUGGCUGUGGAUGGCUUGGAGAUCAUUGAGCAGCAUGUGCCACCUGUUGGAGCAGCUAAUGCCUAUCAACUAGAUGUAGAUUAUGGUAACCAGGAGCUGCGGUGUCCACCACCACCAUAUCCCAAACACUUGUUACUUCCUGGUGGCUCUGAGCAGUUUGAUAUCAACUGCUUAUGCAUGGGCGUAGAGCAGACCCUCCGUGUAGUCCCCAAUUCAACGUGCAAUAAAGUUGAGGAGAACAGUGAGCGAAAUGAUAAAAGCAGUAAGAACACCAAAGCUGAAAAACCAAGUAAGGACAAAAAGCAAAUUCAGACAUCUCCAGUGCCCGUGCGAAAAAAUGGCAAAGAUGAGGAAAAGCGAGAAUCCCGAAUAAAGAGCUACUCACCUUUUGCCUUCAAGUUCUACAUGGAGCAACAUGUAGAAAAUGUCAUAAAGACCUACCAGCAGAAAAUUAACAGAAGAUUGCAGUUGGAGCAAGAAAUGGCUAAAGCUGGCCUUUGUGAAGCAGAACAGGAACAAAUGAGGAAAAUUCUCUACCAGAAGGAGUCCAACUACAACAGACUUAAAAGGGCCAAAAUGGACAAAUCUAUGUUUGUGAAAAUCAAGACUCUGGGUAUUGGUGCAUUUGGAGAGGUUUGUCUGGCCUGCAAAGUGGAUACCCAUGCCCUGUAUGCCAUGAAGACUCUACGGGAAAGAUGUGCUGAAAAGAAAGAUGUCCUGAACCGGAACCAGGUGGCUCAUGUCAAAGCGGAGAGGGACAUACUUGCUGAGGCAGACAAUGAAUGGGUGGUUAAACUCUAUUAUUCCUUCCAAGAUAAAGAUAACUUAUACUUUGUGAUGGAUUACAUCCCUGGUGGGGAUAUGAUGAGUCUACUGAUUCGGAUGGAGGUCUUUCCAGAGCGUCUGGCUAGAUUUUAUAUUGCAGAGCUCACUUUGGCUAUAGAAAGCGUGCACAAGAUGGGAUUUAUUCAUCGAGAUAUCAAGCCUGACAACAUUCUGAUAGACCUUGAUGGGCAUAUCAAGCUGACUGACUUUGGAUUGUGUACUGGAUUCAGGUGGACUCACAACUCAAAAUACUAUCAGAAAGGGAGCCAUAUCAGACAAGACAGCAUGGAGCCCAGUGAUCUUUGGGAUGAUGUGUCCAAUUGUAGAUGUGGAGAUAGGCUGAAGACAUUGGAACAAAGAGCUAAGAAGCAGCAUCAGAGAUGUCUAGCCCACUCAUUAGUUGGAACUCCUAAUUAUAUUGCUCCUGAAGUCCUGCUUCGUAAAGGAUACACUCAGCUCUGUGACUGGUGGAGUGUUGGUGUGAUCCUCUUUGAGAUGUUAGUGGGACAGCCUCCUUUCCUGGCUCCCACACCCACAGAAACGCAGCUGAAGGUGAUAAACUGGGAAAGCACACUGCACAUUCCCUCACAGAUCAAGCUAAGCCCUGAGGCAACUGAUCUCAUCACAAAGCUCUGCUGUGCUGCUGAGGACAGGCUCGGAAGAAAUGGAGCAGAUGAUAUUAAGGCCCAUGCUUUCUUUCACUCUAUGGACUUCUCUACUGAUAUCCGUAGGCAGCCAGCUCCAUAUGUUCCAAAGAUUAGCCAUCCAAUGGACACUUCCAAUUUCGAUCCAGUUGAAGAAGAAAGUCCAUGGAACGAUGCUAGUGGUGACAGCACCAGGACAUGGGAUCCACUAGCCUCUUCCAAUAGCAAACACACAGAACAUGCUUUUUAUGAGUUUACUUUCCGAAGGUUCUUUGAUGACAACGGGUAUCCGUUCAGGUAUCCCAAACCUUCUGGAAUGGAACUUGGCCAGUCUGAGAAACCUGAUGUAGAAGACAAAGGUGUGGUGGAUCAGACUGGAGCUUGUCAGCCUGUAUAUGUGUAA